GCUGCUGCUGCUGUUGCUGCUGCUGCUGCUGAACUCAGCUGCUGCUUCCAACACCCCCCCUACACAAUGCUGCCUGCUGCCCUAACCUCCCUCCUGGGGCCAUUCCUUGUGGCCUGGGUACUGCCUCUUGCCCGGGGCCAGAACCCCAACUACACGAGACCUGUGUUCCUGUGUGGAGGGGACGUGACGGGAGAGUCGGGUUACGUGGCAAGUGAGGGUUUCCCCAACCUCUACCCCCCAAAUAAGAAGUGCAUCUGGACAAUAACGGUGCCUGAGGGCCAGACUGUGUCCCUGUCCUUCCGAGUCUUCGAUAUGGAGCUCCACCCUUCCUGCCGCUAUGAUGCUCUGGAGGUCUUUGCUGGAUCUGGGACCUCAGGCCAGCGGCUUGGACGCUUCUGUGGCACCUUCCGGCCUGCACCUGUAGUGGCUCCUGGCAACCAGGUGACUUUAAGGAUGACAACGGACGAGGGCACUGGGGGACGAGGCUUCCUGCUCUGGUACAGCGGUCGGGCCACCUCAGGCACUGAGCACCAGUUUUGCGGGGGGCGGAUGGAGAAGGCGCAGGGAACCCUGACCACGCCCAACUGGCCUGAGUCGGAUUACCCCCCAGGCAUCAGCUGUUCCUGGCACAUCAUCGCACCCUCUAACCAGGUGAUCAUGCUAACCUUCGGGAAGUUUGAUGUGGAGCCCGACACCUACUGCCGCUAUGACUCUGUCAGCGUGUUCAAUGGCGCUGUGAGCGAUGAUGCCAAGAGGCUGGGGAAAUUCUGCGGAGACAAGGCCCCCAGCCCCAUCUCUUCUGAAGGGAAUGAGCUCUUGGUCCAGUUUGUAUCGGAUCUCAGUGUCACCGCAGAUGGCUUCUCAGCGUCCUACAAGACCCUGCCACGGGAUGCUGUGGAAAAGGAGCCCGCCCCAAGCCAAAGGGAGGAUGUGCAGCAUGGUCCCCAAUCCCGCUCUGACCCAAAGACAGGAACUGGGCCCAAAGUCAAGCCACCCAGCAAACCUAAACCCCAACCUGCAGAGAAACCAGAGGCCUCCCCUGAUACCCAGGAGACGCCAGCGGUCCCGGAUGCACCCAGCGUCACCUGUCCAAAGCAGUACAAGCGGCUAGGCACCCUGCAGAGCAACAUGUGUACCAGCAGUCUGGUGGUGACCGGAACAGUGAAGACCAUGGUCCGAGGCCCAGGCGAGGGCCUCACUGUCACCAUCAGCCUCAUUGGUGUUUACAAAAGCGGAGGACUGCACCUGCCCUCUCCGCCCAGGGACACCCUUCUGAAGUUCUAUGUGCCCUGCAAGCAGAUGCCCCCCAUGAAGAAGGGAGCCAGCUAUCUGCUGAUGGGUCAGGUGGACGAACACAGCGGCCCCAUCCUCCCUCCAGAGAGCUUCGUGGUUCUCUACAAGCCCAACCAGGACCAGAUCCUCACUAACCUAAGCAAGAGGAAGUGUCCCGCCCAACCUAGGCCAGCCGCCUGAGGUCCCAGCCAGAUACAGCCUCGGAAUGUGGUGCUCUCAUCCAAAUAAAUAUUUCUUAACUCAG